GGCGAGUGUAGGCAGCCAGUACGCAAAACCCCAGCUUGUCAAAAGCGUUUGAACUGGUGGCUGCGUAAGACCUGAGAGGACAAACAGGGAUGGAGCAAGAACCAGAGAGCGAACCCAGACGCAUUCGGGAAGGGUACCUCGUGAAGAAGGGGAGCAUGUUUAACACCUGGAAACCGAUGUGGGUGGUGCUGUCGGAAGACGGGAUCGAAUACUUUAAGAAGAAGACAGACAACAGCCCGAAAGGAAUGAUCCCUCUGAAGGGAAGUGCCCUUAUGAGUCCUUGCCAGGAUUUUGGAAAGAGAAUGUUUGUCGUCAAGCUCACCACUGCCAAACAGCAGGACCACUUCUUCCAAGCCUCGCACCUCGAGGAGAGGGAUGCUUGGGUGAAAGACAUCAGGAAAGCCAUCAAAUGCAUCGUGGACGGCAAAAGGUUCUCCAGGAAAUCUACUCGCAAGUCUAUCAAGCUGCCUUCGUCAAUCAACCUGGGUACUUUGUAUCUCUCCAUGAAGGACCCCGACAAAGGAAUAAGAGAAAUGAAACUGGAAAAGGACAAGAAAAUUUUCAAUCACUGCUUCACAGGCAGCUGUGUCAUUGACUGGCUACUGUCCAACAACUCCAUCCGGAACCGCCCAGAAGGUCUAGUGCUGGCAUCUGCCCUGUUGAACGAAGGCUAUUUUCAAGCUGCUGGAGGUGCUUCCAAGAGUGCGGCUGAAGGGUUGGCGGAAACUUCCUUCCUGGACCACGAGGAUGCCUUUUAUUACUUUGCAGACAGCGGGUUCUUCUGUGAAGGAAAUUCCAGUGACGACGAUACCGUCUUCAGUGAAGAGUUCAGAGGCACAGUGAUCAAGCAAGGAUGUCUACUGAAGCAGGGCCACCGGAGGAAGAACUGGAAAGUGCGGAAGUUUGUGCUGAGAGAGGAUCCCGCUUACAUCCACUACUUCGAUCCUGCUGGGGGAGAAGAACCACUGGGUGCUGUUCACCUGAGAGGCUGCGUGGUGACUGCGGUUGAAGACAACCCAAAUGGAAAGAAAAACGAAGUGGAAGGAAACCUCUUUGAAAUCAUCACUGCCAACGAAGUUCACUACAUGCUGCAAGCAGCGACUUCUGCUGAGCGUACGGAAUGGAUCAAGGCCAUUCAGAUUGUUUCCAGGACUGGAAAGUAAAAAAGAAGAAAGAAGAAGAAGAAAAAAGAA